GCCCUGGAAACACUCCGAGUCCUGCACCAUCCCAAUCCCGGCUGUCCUCAGGGGCUGGUGUCUCCUGUACCACCGUAGUGAGGAUUUGGAUGCGGUGCUGCAGGCUGGGGCAGCACAGGUGGGAGCAGGCAAGGCUGCCUUCGUCCUGCUGGUCCGAGCGGCCGCGGCUGGUACGAGAGCGUGGCUCAGCUCUCCUGCAGCCGACCCGUUGGCAUGGCCCCUCGGCCAUCAGCUGGGACCUCUUGCGCAGGCUGGCCCCGGGCAGCACGGGGUAGCCCUGUGCCUCCUGCCAGGAGCAGGAUGGGGAGCUGAGGAGGGAAGGGGUGGGCUCCCUGCUCCCAUUGCAGACCUGGUGGCCCCGGACAGAUGCACAAACAGCAGGAGCAGAGCUCCGGCUUCCUUGGUGUCUCCUUGGCAUCCCCGCAUCUGCUGCGCUGGCAGCCGGCAUCAAGCGCGUGGUCCCCGUAGCUGCCCCGAGCGCGGGCAGCAGCGCUGGUAGGAGUUCGGCAGCGCUGGCUGAGGUGGCCCUGAGUGACGGGGCUGAGUGACGGGGCGAGCCAUCGUCCCUGCAGCGUGGGCACAGGCCUGCCCACCGCCACCCCCUGCCUGCUGCAGCCCCCAGCAGCUGCCUUCUGCUGCCAGCCCACCCGCGGGGAGCUGCGGGAAGCACCAGGGGAGGGCUGCAGCAGCCCCCCCCUCUGCUCCCCGCUCACCCAAGGCUGCUGGGGAGUGAGGUGUCUGGUGUGGGGUAAGGGUCUGCCUCAGCUCCCCAGGGUGGGUAAGGGGGGGAUGGCCCUGCAGCAGCUGGGGAAGGAGCCCCAUGAGCAGUGAGGUUUGGUCGCCUUGGAGCGGAGUGGAGCGAUGCUGAGGGAGGUUUCCCUGUGGAGCGGCCGGGGGAGGGCAGUGGUGUUACGACUCGCAGGACCCCAAAUGUGGCGCCGGCUGCAGCGGGACAGCGGCCUCGGGGACAUCCUCUUCGAGGGCUACGACCAGGCCCCCCCGGGCAAGUGGAGGCUGGCAAAUGACGGGCACACGGUGAUGCUGAGCCUGGCGAGUGAGUCGGCCUCUGAGCACAUCACCAUCAGCGGCGGGGGCCUCCCCAGCAGGUACCGCGCGCUGCAGCUCCACUUCCACUGGGGCAGCCCUGCCGGGAACGGCUCCGAGCACACCCUCGACGGGCACCAGCUCCCCAUGGAGCUGCACAUCGUCCACAUCAAUGUCAAGUACCGGACACUGGCAGAGGCCAAGGGACAUCCCAACGGGCUGGCCGUCCUCGGCUUCUUCUUCCAGGUCUCCGAAAUCCCUAACACCAACUACAACACCAUCGUGGCCGGGCUGAGGAACGUCUCCCACACUGGGGACUCCGUGGAUUUGGCCUCCACUUUCCGCCUCAGCACCCUGCUGCCACGCACCAGCCAGCUCUCAAGGUACUACCGCUACCAGGGCUCCCUCACCACCCCUGACUGCAGUGAGGUUGUCGUCUGGACCGUGUUCGAGGAGCCGGUGGAGAUCGGCCGGGAGCAGCUGCGGGCAUUCGUCAGCACCCUCCACUUCCCGGCCGCCGGCCCCGUGCUCCUAAAAAUGACUAACAACUUCCGCCCGCCGCAGCCCCUCCGCAGCCGGAAGGUCUUCGCCUCCCGGGCGGCCACAGCCAGCGGCGGGUCCCCGUGCAGGGGCCGCUGCCAGCUCCUCUCCCUCCUGCUCCUGCUAGCCCUGCUCGGCCCCUUCUCACCAACCCCAUAGGGUCUGGCCCAGCCUUUCACCGGUCUCCACAUGAGCAUCGCCCCGCUGCAACGGUGAUGGGAAGGCAACACGUCUGGUUCAUGGGUAAACAGGAAAAAAAAAAAAAAAAAAACAAAUAAAGCGCGUCAAGACCUCGGCUAGGCAAAGAUUUUGCAUACCUGGAUCUCUGCAGAGGUGAAUCUCUGCAAGCCCCAAGCCUCCCUGUGAUGCCUCUGUAGCCAGGCGGUGGGAGCCACGAGGAGGGGAUGCUGGAGGGGCUGGAAUAAAGCCGAGGUCCUCACUGGUG